UCGCCCCGCCCCGCCGCCUGGGUUUCGAUUCUCCUCUCUCACCCUGCGCUGCGGCCGCGCGGGGCUGUGGGGAUGAAUGGCGGGCGCAGCGGCGCAAAGCGGGAUUCCUCGGGGGCCGGACCCCGCGAAGCCCGAGGACGCGUGCGGCUGGCGCUGCCCGGAGCACCGCGACCGCGCGGCCGAGCUCUACUGUCGCCUCUGCCGCCGCUGCGUGUGCGCGCUUUGCCCGGUGCUGGGCGCGCACCGCGGCCACCCGAUCAGCUUGGCGGUGGAGGAGGCGGCGCACGUGCAGAAACUCACCCAGGAAUGUUUAAAGCAGUUGGCAACCAAGAAGCAACAGCAAGUUGGCAACAUAACGCAGAUAGAAGAUGCUACUGAGAAGCUCAAGGCUCAUGCAGAGGCAAGUAAAACCUGGCUGAUGGGAAAAUUCACUGAACUCAGAUUACUACUUGAUGAAGAGGAAGCAGUGGCCAAGAAAUUCAUUGAUAAAAAUGCACAGCUUGCCCUCCAGGUGUACAGGGAGCAAAUGGAUUCUUGUGGGGAGCAAAUCGACGUCAUAAAUGAUCUCUCCAGCAAGGUCUCAAGUAUCAGCCAGGAGUCUGAUCCUGUACAGCUGCUGCAGCAGUACACGGCAGUGAAGCAGGAGAUGGAGCGGCAGAUGAGCCUGGGGGAGCUCUGCCACCCCGUGGUCCCCUCCUUUGAGCCCGUCAAGAGCUUCUUUAAGGGAUUUGUGGAAGCCAUGCAGAGCGUGUUAGAGACACCACUGGACGUUCACCUGAAGGAAAACAUGAACUGCCAGCUCUUGGGCUCUUCCAGCACCAAUCCAGUUUCCUUGUUGAGAACAAGCCCCUCACCUGAGCGAUCACUCUUCUUAAAAUACGCGCGCACGCCUACGCUGGAUCCCGACACGAUGCACGCGCUCCUGCGGCUCUCGGCCGACCGCCUGACUGUGAGCCGCGGGCUGCUGGGUAGCUUUGGGCCCACGCCCGCGCUGCGUUUCGACAAGCUGUGGCAGGUGCUGGGCCGCGACUGCUUCGCUGCUGGCCGCCACUACUGGGAAGUGGACGUGCAGGAGGCGGGCGCCGGCUGGUGGGUGGGCGCGGCCUACGCCUCCCUGCGCCGUCGCGGGGCCUCCGCCGCCGCCCGCCUGGGCUGCAACCGACAGUCCUGGUGCCUCAAGCGGUACGACCUGGAGUACUGGGCCUUUCACGACGGCCACCGCAGCCGCCUGCGCCCCCGGGACGACCCCGACCGGCUCGGGGUCUUCCUGGAUUACGAGGCUGGCGUCCUCGCCUUCUACGACGUGUCGGGCGGCAUGAGCCACCUGCACACCUUCCGUGCUGCCUUCCAAGAGCCGCUCUACCCGGCGCUGCGACUCUGGGAGGGGGCCAUCAGCAUCCCCCGGCUGCCCUAGUGGCCGAGACCGCAGUGGCCGCCCGAGGCCCUCCACUGCUCUAGUCUCACCCGACACGGACAUGACUGGUCUACUACCUACUCUCAGCACCUCUAGCCUUUCCCCACCAGUCAUGCCUUGUGCUCUGAACGGUUCCUCUUCUAGGCCUGUUUCAAAAUGUCCUUAACUCAUGUCCACUGUUGCUGCUGUCUCACUGGACCUCCCUACCUACACCGGGGGACUUAAUACAACAUCUUUUUUAGUCCGGGUUCCUGACAGGACACACCCAGGUGGGCCCUAAGCAAGCCUCUUGACCGUGUUAAGAGUACAUUAGCCUUAGCCUCCGGACCUCCCUCGUACAGAAUGCAGAACGUCUGGCACAUAGCAAGUGCACAAUAGUGUGAGUGGGUCACCCAGCCCUGACUUCUUUAAUGUUCCUUGGCCCUGCCUCCUCUCAGCUUGUCCAUGUCACCUCCCUUCAGAACACUUGCAGGAGCCUUUUAACACCUCCUGGCCUAAACGCAUUCUCAACUCUACAGCUAGUGAUCUGCCUAAAACCUCACUUAAGCCCUUAGAAUUAUCCAGAGGUUCCCAAGUACUACAAGGAGAAAAAAACAAGCACUUUGUCUCAGCAUUCAAGGCUUUUCUAAUCUACCCCCAAAUUAAUCUUCACCUAGCUCCCUACUGCUUGCUUCAGAGACCCUCCACUCAGAACUGUGUCACAUAGUUUCAUCUCUGCAACCUUAGUUGUGUCCUCCCCCAGUAGUGCCUCAUACAUAUAGGGAAGCCCAUUUGCCUGUCUCAGUGGCCCCCUGGCUUAACGUGCCCCAGGAAGUUUCCCCAUGCCACUAGAAUCUAUCACAGCCUAAUCUAGGACCUGUCUUUCCCACAUUGGAAGCCUAAGAGCAGCUGUGUCCUGCACAGUCCUCAUCAUGAAAGGUUCAGAAAGUCCCUUCCCUCCCAGGCAGUGAGUGAAUGACCAGCAGCUGGCUAUUACUGAAUCACAGCACAGAUCACCCAGCCUGAUACUGCACGUUUGGGGAGACUAAGGUCCUGAGAGAAGGUUGCUUAGUCACCCACAAUGAUAAAAGGCUGGUCCACCCCUCAACCCUGAAGCAAGUGAUUUACUUGCCCCGGGCCUGGCCCUUUAGGCUUACCUUUCAAUGGGGGAGAUUUUAUUGCUCAUUCAUUUCUCAGGGGAUGUUGGGAAGAAAGCAGGUGACUAUUGCUAAGCAACCACAGGCAGUUUUCCCAACUGUCUUAGAACCAAAAGGAGAUGAGCCAUGAGUGGGGUUUGGGCAGCCAAGACAUCCCCAUGCUCCCCAGAUCCAGGUGUUGCCAGAGAAAUCCAGAGAGCCCCAUUUUCUGAAAAGAAGUGACAAAAAUAGAAAAAGCCAAGCCAGCAGGAUCUCACAUGGAGGACAGCUCCUCUAGCAGGAGAAAGGCGUCUUUCCUGUGUUUGUGCCUCCAUUCAAAAGGUUCAGCACCCUGAUUUGUCAAAUUCCCUGAACAGUUUUGAAGUCACACUGUGUUAAAGUUAUCUUCUUAGGUGCUUGACAGGAGGACAAUGGUAGGGUGAGGAAAACGCAAAGCUGAAUUCCCCAUGGUUUUAACAGACUCAGUAGUUAGAAACAUAGAAAACUACCUAUUUCUAACAGUUUCUGACCUAAAAAUGGCACUAGUAGGUGAUGUAAUGCGGUGAUGUAAUGCAAGUAAACACAAGACAAAAAGAACCUUAAAUGUGCCUUUAGUUCUAAACAAAUAAUUAAAAACUCUAGCUGGAUAGAUGUCUAAGCACUGUACUUCAGCUAAUCGUGAGAAAAGGUAAAUUAAUUCUACUGGGGAUGGCCCUGAGCUGAAUUCUGAUACCACAGAACAGCUAAGUUCUGUGGCAUUCCUGACAGAGGAAGAUGGAUAGACUUGAUCCCACAUCUCUAUUUAUCCCUUCAAACCAAGGCUUAUUCCCAGAUGCACAGCCCAAAAGCCAAGAAGUAAUGGCCCCUUCAGUUUUCUUAGGCACUGUUCUAAAGCUUUACAACUACUAACUUAUUUGACACAUCAUCCCUAGGAGGGAGAAGUUACCCAAUUCUACACAUGGCAAAACAGAGACACACAGUAACUUGUCAAGGUCACUCAGAGUGGUACUGGGGUCUGGGCUCAUGCCCACCAGGCCACACCGUCCGGGUGAACGCCAGCUGGUCGCAGCCAGUGUCUGCUCACUGGCUCUUGUUGCACCCCUGAUGUUUUGCUUUUGCCUGGUUACGGUGGGACUUGACUCUUACCUUUGUACUACCUUCCUUGGGCUCUGAGAUGAGGUCUUACCCCCAGAGCGAGACUUGUUUUCAGAGUCUGAAAUUCAUGUAUGACAGACAGAGCUGGACUAUGAAGCACAAAAACUGGCUUUUGCCAAACACCUGCUCUCUGCCAACUCCUGCACUAGCCAGAGCACUGCAGUUGUGGCUCACCAUCAGGUGACCACGGGCUUGUCCACUCACUUCUGUGUUCCGUGCAGUGGGGGUAGUGACCAUGCCUGCCAGUGCUGGGGGGCUCAAAUGAGCCAAAGGUUAUGACCUGUCUUUUUUUUUUUUAAACUAUAGUUGAUAUACAAUCUUACGUUGGUUUCAAAUAUA